AGCGGCGGCGGCGGCGGGGGCGUCGCCCUGGCAACGGCGGCGGGGCGGCAUGGCGGAGGCCCGCCUGCCCGAGGAGCAGCCGUACUACGAGCGUCUGGACCUGCCGGAGGCCGAGCAGGCGGGCGGCGCUGCGGGGAGGUCGGCAGGGGCCCGAUCGCCGCGGGCAGGGGGUAAGGGCCGGCCCCAGGCCUCCCGUUGGCCUGGGCAUCCCGCGGCCGAUCGGAGCAGCGAGGAGGAGGGCAGUGGAGACAAGAAGGAGGAGGUGGCGCGGUCGGCCGCGGCCGCCACCCUCAGCGAGGACUCGGACUCGGAGGACUCGGAGGACUCCUCGGAGACUGACUCGGAGAACGACUCGGAUGAGCACGGGGCUGCGCUCACGGGGGACUUUAGUAUAGCAGAUUAUGACUACCUGCCGGUGUCUUCUGAAAUCAAAGAACUCUUUGAGUACGUCAAGAGGUACACUCCCAAACCAAUAGAGAUCGAGUACAAACUGCAGCCUUUCAUCCCAGACUUUAUUCCUGCAGUUGGAGACAUUGACGCAUUCCUAAAGGUUCCCCGUCCCGACGGCAAUCCUGAUAACCUGGGCCUGCUGGUGCUGGAUGAGCCAUCGACCAAGCAGUCGGAUCCCACCGUGCUCUCCCUUUGGCUGACGGAGAACUCCAAGCAGCACAACAUCACACAGCAGAUAAAAGUGAAGAGUGUGGAGAAUGCAGAGAAGAACCCCAAAGCCAUUGAGAGCUGGAUUGAGAGCAUCAACGAACUGCACCGCUGCAAACCUCCUGCCACAGUCCACUACACCCGGCCAAUGCCUGACAUAGAGACCCUGAUGCAGGAAUGGUCACCAGAAUUCGAGGAGCUCUUGGGAAAGGUGGGGCUCCCAACGGCGGAGAUGAGCUGUGACCUGGCCGAGUACGUCGACAUGAUCUGUGCCAUUCUGGACAUCCCUGUGUACAAGAGCCGAAUCCAGCCUCUGCAUAUCCUCUUCUCUGUCUACUCCGAGUUCAAGAACUCGCAGCAUUUCAAGCCCUUGGCUGAUGGGAAGAAGGGCAGGAGCCCACCAUCCAACCCUCCUUCACAAGCGGCAGAGGCGGAGGUGUUAAGCUUUACUUGAAGCUUCAUGUUGAACCCUCACCUCUGGAUCAAUCUCUGCUGCUAUCAGCAGCCUGUGAAGCAGAGCAGAACACAUCAGGAGCCUCCCUGACUUUAGGACACAGCCUGAAGUGUUCUGUAUUCAGAGUAGGACUUUACUCAUCGCAUUGUUGCAGAAGCUGCCUAAUGGCUCCAGUUUUGACUUGUUCCCAAGAAGUUCAGCAUUAAACCAGCUCUUCCCAGUGA